UUCUGGAACCGAAUGCCACCUCAGACUGCGCCAAAAGACGCCGACAUCGCCACCACCACCGACAACGCGGCCGCCACAGCCAUCUUCACACGUAGCACAGCGGCGAGGGGGGGACACACACACAGAGAACACCAGCAACCACAGACGAAGCCAAAGAACAAAACUCGGUAAAGAACACGUUAUUUCCAGCAACCUCGCCAAGUCUGCGCAAGGUAUCGGCAAGAAUCUUUGCAGGGAAGCGACACCAUCUGGAAUCCGAGGCCCCGCAUAAAACCGCAGUCCCGUCACCACUGUCACCUUCCCCCCAACUCUCCUCCCGGUCACAACAUUAACUACAGUCUACCACCAUGCUGUCGUCCUGUUGUUGGUGCUUGAUCCUGGUGGCGAUGGUCGCUGGAGCCCCCGUACAAGAAGAAAAAGUGAGAGACGCAAAAACUGCUGAGGUGCAAAAUCAGGAGAAAGAACUGAAGUCCCUGCUGCACCUAGCAGAUGAGCAGGAAAAACACAAAGAUGUUUCGGUGCACGAAGAACACGUGCAGCAUUUGCAUGACGUCAACGGCCUGGUGACAAAAGAAGAGGAGACACGGAAGACAGUGACAGAUGUGAAGACCGGCAAGCUGCUGUCUGACGUUAAACAGGAAGUGAAGUCAGAGGAAGUCGCUGCGGCUGGAGCGUCGCCCAAGGUGGAGGUCAAGACGGAGGUGGACGUGCCGGCAGAGGGCGUUCAUGAAACGCUCGUCCAGUUGGAGGACGGGGCUGGCGUUGCAGACAAGGAGGACGAGGCAGAAGAAUUCAGCCCCGAGGUUGUGGCCGAGUACCUGUACCAGACUGGAGACUUUGACAGGUUCUACACCACCCUGGCUCAACUUGUCAACAACUCUGUGAUGACGGAAGCUGAGGCAGUCAACUUCGCUGAACUCGUCGCACAGUACUACAGGCAACGAGUGGAAGAAUAUGAAAACAAUAUCCUGGUUCAGAGGCGUGCCCAGAGUCAGCCUUUGCCUGACCUCUACCCCAUGACCUUAGAUGCACGCGAACCUUACCCUCUUGGCCUCGAGAACGACGACCGUUACCUUCUGUCCCUGGACAACUCCGACUCCUACGGCGUGGCACCGCAGGACCUGCCCACCGACACCGAGGUCGAUGCCAACGCAUACGACAUCCUGGGAGAGCUUUUGCGGGAGGCUUUUGUUGGUGGUGACGAACGUGCCCAGGCCAUCGUGCAGGAGCUGUACAACCAGGCCGAGAAUCGACGACGACGCAGGCUCAGAGCUGCGCUCCAUGCUGGUUGAGCUGGCAGCAAGUGGACUCCAGAACCCCGGCGACUGGGAGCCUUACAGCAACAUCAUGGGACCCGCCGCACAGUCCGAUGCAGACAAGAAUGUGGCAGCCAACAAUCAACUGCCGGUGAAGGAGGGCGACAAGUCUCAAGAGCAGGGAGAAGCUCACGCUGAAGCCAAGCCAUCCACAGGCCAAGCAUCACCCAGCGAAGCUGCUGCCGCACCCGGUGACAGCCACCCGGCAGCGAACGCGGAGCCAAAGAGCGAAGCAGGAGCGAAAGACGGAGCCAAGGAUGACAAGACUGUGCAGAAACGAGCCCCUGAAACCGUGUAAAUAAACUCCGGAAGCCGACGAAGCCGGGACAGUUAUUCAUACGCCGAGUAUCUUUUUCGGGGGGGCUUAUGUUUCUACCUUACCAUCAGUGAAACUGUCUUGUGUCAUAACCACACUUUCACCUUCAUGACGUCAUACUCAACGUAGGAAGUUAGGGGAGAAGAUGGCCACGUGACACCUUUCGUGACGUAAGAAGGGGGCUGGGGGCUCUGGCACACACGAAGACCUCCCUGGAGAGAGACAGAGACAGUUGGAGCGAGCCGUGUGCAGCAACAUGGACAAUGGGCAAUAACAUUGAGAGAGAUUUCGGUGCGUUCAGUUAUGUGUGCGUGCAUGGGUGAGUGCGUGGGAUGUUUAUAUUUGUUCAUGUUUUGCUGUGCGUGCACACUCUAGUGCGUUCCACACGGCUGGCGGUGGGGGAAGGGAGGAAGGGAGGAAGGGAGGAAGGGACGGCACUGAUUAUAUUUUCUGGGAAACAACAUGAUAAUAAGACUAGCCCAACCCAACCCUCACUUCCAUCAAAUACGCACAUAUUUCAGCACGCGCACUCGCGUGCAGUCAGCGUGCACAAAACACAUCCUUAUCUGUUUCUAAAAAUAGAAGCAACCGGAACCUUCUCCGUUACCUGUUAAUCAGUGAUGAAACUCGUUUGUGGUCGUAAUUAGCGGAUCAAUAUGCAUACAUGUUGGCUUCACACCCGGCAUGGGGAAAGCUUGUCAAGCGAUAUCGAGCGGAAGAUGUCGGGGAUACAAAAGCGAAAUGCGUCCUUUGCUGUGUUUUUUGUCAAAGAAACUAUAAUCCAACUUUUUACAACAACACCGGCGACUGCAAUCACCUGCCAGACCCUGAAGUAGGACGUCAGCUUCCUGAUUUUUUGAAAACAUUCAAGCGGAACUAGAUGGUCGACCUCGUGCCAGAGCCCCAAAAGGUGUUUCUGGGACAGUAGUGACUUCUGACGCCAAGCAAGCGGAAGUUGCCACGCAUGACGUCAGCAAGAAGCGGUUUGCUAGGACUGUUUGUUUACUAGAUAGUUGAACUUCGAUGAAUAUGUUUUCAUGUACAGGGAGCGCUUGUAUCACGCAAAGCUCAACUAACGCUCUAAGUGUAAGUGUGAGAGUACAAUGGUUAUAGGAAUACGGCAAAAACAAACAAAAAUAACCACAUUAUGUUCAAAUCUUUGCUGAUAUGAAAAAUAUUAUUAGGUGGCAUGAUGCAUUUCUAUGGAGACAUGUCCUCAGCAGAAUUUUUUAUGGCCAGGACUGCGAGGCAAUAAGAAAGAUUUGAUUUCAUUAAUUAAAUUCAGGAACUGCUACUUCAGUGUCUCGAAGAGCUAAAACGUAGGUCACAAGGUCAAGAUAAGCUUUUAAUAUAUCACAACGGAACGGAUCACGUACGUCAGCAUAUGUAAAUAGCUUUUAGUACGAAAUGCAGAUAAUGUGUCUUGCCAGCGAGCCAGUCUUUGUCUCGAUCUUUAAACUUUCUACAUCAGACUUCUGAACUCAAGGACUUCGUGUAUGUGCAACAAGCAACAACAGUACAGUUAAGCCGAAAACUAAAAGCUUUACUCGCAUCUACCUGCAUAUGUUCAAAAGACUUUGCCGAUGGAUUUGAAAACUGAUCCCAAAAGUUUUAGCUUCAAGUCUUGUUGCCUUCAGUCAGAGAAUCAAAGAAGAGGUGGAAAGGUGUUCUUCUCAGUCUGGUCCACACCAGAACCUUUCUGAUCAACAAUAAUCGCGCUUGUCCGGCGUUUCUUGUCAAUGUGUAUUCAGAUACAAUAAAAGCCAGCGAACUCCAA